AUGUUCUGGGCUCGGACACUCAGUGACAUCGUAACUGGUCGAAUCACACCAGCCACAGAAGCUAGAGGCUCAAGUCGCUAUCGUCGUUAUUCCCCGGAGCUCACUGCUGGUCAACUGUACGGUGCAAUAGAAAAUAUUUCUGCAACGCUGGGAUUCCACCCGGAGUGUCUCCCGAAGAGUGUGUGCGAGCUGGCCAAAGUUCCCCUCGAUCUGGAACAGGAAUAUCUGGUCCACGAGAUUGUACAUUUCAUUUUGACUGACGUCGGUGAAGGUCGUUCCCUUCUUUUUCCUUCGUUGAGUAUCAUGCAGAUGUCGAUCUGCACCAGCUCUGGAGGACCUUGGUUUACACCGAAAAAAGUCUAUCCCUACAGACGGUUGGGUAUCAAUACCGGAUUUCAAGCCAACUACGUACUACCCUAUCGUUUAUCGGAUUUUUACAAGUAUCCCACCUGGGCACGUGCAAUGGUAGAUGUUGUCAAAGGCCAGUUCACCCCCACCGAGGUCGUCACGGCCAGGGCCGCACGAAAACGCCGCUCCAAUAAACCGUUGACCGCGGGCGAGCUCUAUCGUAUAUUCGAUGAAGCGCUUCAAUUUUCCGGCUAUGAUCAGGAUUGUAUAGUUAAGAGUGUGUGCGAACUGGCCCACAGUCCUUUCCACAGAGUUGAGGAAGAUUUGUACGCAGAGAUUGUGCAGUUUUUCCUUACGCCUUCUGAACAUAAAUCGUUUGAUCCCGAGGAGCGAGUAAUGCAAGCAAAGUACGAGUAUGCUGAAAGAAUGGGAAAACAAGGAGCUAACUGUGACUUACUGUACCCCAAAUGCAGCCGAUCAUUCCUAAGUGUCAUUUCCGAUUUUAUGGAAAGCCCGACGAAUCUGAUCAAAUAA